AUGGUUGCUUCUCCCAGACCUGGAUCUCCCCUUGGCCGCCCUGGCAGCUCUGCUUCUACCCGUAGCAAGGUUGAAGAAGAACUUCACGAAUACGCUGGUAUCGAUUAUGACAAGGUCACCAUCAAGCGUAAUGCCUCUGUUGCUGUUCUUUACGAAGAAGCUCUUACCUAUGAACAAGGCACCGUGAUCUCUUCUGCUGGUGCUCUUUGUGCCUACUCUGGCAAGAAGACUGGUCGCUCUCCCAAGGACAAGCGUAUUGUGCGUGAAGAGACCUCUGAAAAGGAUGUCUGGUGGGGUCCUGUCAACACUCCUCUUGAUGAAAAGGUCUUUUUAAUUAACCGUGAGCGUGCCAUUGACUACUUGAACACUCGUCCUCGCCUCUAUGUCUUUGAUGGUUAUGCUGGUUGGGACCCCAAGUACCGCAUCAAGGUCCGUGUUGUUGCCUCCCGUGCCUACCACAUUUUGUUUAUGCGCAACAUGUUGAUCCGCCCCACUGAUGAAGAGCUUGAGAACUAUGGCACUCCUGAUUUCACUAUCUUCAACGCUGGUGAAUUCCCUGCCAACCGUUACACCACUGGUAUGACUUCCACCACUUCCGUCUCUGUCAACUUUAAGCGCAACGAAAUGGUCAUCCUUGGUACCGAAUAUGCUGGUGAAAUGAAGAAGGGUAUCUUCACUGUCAUGCACUAUUUGAUGCCUAAGGCUGGUGUUCUUUCAUUGCACUCUUCUGCCAACGAGGGUCCUGAUGGUGAUGUUUCCUUGUUCUUUGGUUUGUCGGGUACCGGCAAGACCACUCUUAGCGCUGAUCCCAAGCGUCAAUUGAUUGGUGAUGAUGAGCACUGCUGGAGCGACUCUGGUGUCUUCAACAUUGAAGGUGGUUGCUAUGCCAAGUGCAUUGACCUCUCUGGUGAAAAGGAACCUGAUAUUUUCAACGCCAUCAAGUUUGGCUCCGUCCUUGAAAACGUUAUCUUGGAUGAGGAAUCACGUGUUGUCGACUAUGCUGACAGCUUCCUUACCGAAAACACUCGUGCCUCUUAUCCUAUCUACCACAUUCCCAACGCCAAGAUUCCUUGCAUGGGUGGCCACCCCAAGAACAUUAUCUUGUUGACUUGUGAUGCCUUUGGUGUCUUGCCUCCUGUUUCCAAGUUGUCUGCUGCUCAAGCCAUGUACCACUUUAUCUCUGGUUACACCACCAAGGUCCCUGGUACUGAAGAUGGUAUCGUUGAGCCCCAGGCCACUUUCUCUGCUUGCUUUGGUGCUCCUUUCUUGGUCCUUCAUCCUCAACGUUAUGCUUCCAUGCUUGCUGAAAAGAUGUCUCAACACAAGGCUGAUGCUUGGCUCAUCAACACUGGUUGGAUUGGUGGCAAGGCUGGUGUUGCCAAGCGUUGCCCUCUCAAGUACACUCGUGCUAUCCUUGAUGCUAUCCACAAUGGUGAACUUGCCAAUGCUGAAUAUGCCGAUUACGAUGUCUUCAACCUCAAGGUCCCCACCAAGGUCACCAACGUUCCUGAUGAGAUGCUUGAUCCUCGUAAGGUUUGGAUGGGUACUCCUGAAGAAUACACUACCUCCCUUCACAAGGUUGCUUCCAUGUUCGCUGAAAACUUCAAGACUUACCAAGAUGAAGCUGCUCCCGAGACCAUCGCUGCUGGUCCCAAGAUCUAA